AUGGAGAAUGAGACCACUACAGUCAUUCAGGGCUUCCAAGAUAACGGUCGUAAUUUCGAGAAGACGUGUACAAAAAGCGCGCCUAGAACCUCCGGAUAUCACAGAAUCACCAGUUUUCGCUUCGUUGGCUUGAAGUGCGUGGUCAGACACGAAACCGAUGGGUACAUUGAUGAUGCAAUAUGGCAGGCUACGGCCCAGGAG